AUGGCAGACGGACUCAACGAAGCCCGUGCCCUAAGACUGGCCGAGAUUAUCAAUGACUACCGCACACUCCUCUUGCACAUCCCCCAGCAAAACGUCCAAGUUCCGGCCGACGACUACUACGAAGAAGGAUUCGUCGUCAUCCGAGAGUCCCUGGCCGCCGCCCAGAACCUGAUGUCAUCCAACUACAGCCCCAGCAUGCCGGCCAACCACGGCAGCACUGCCGAGACCGAGAAGGCAGAGCUAAGAAGGGUCAUCCUUGACGGAAGUGCUCGGCGAUUCCAAGCUCAUCGAAUUUACCUGCGAGCGGCGGCCGCAAAGCGAUGGGCGAUGCAUCGCGCCAACGUCCUCCAAGGCCAGAGACCCGGUCCUCAACAUGCGUCGCAACUUAAGGCUAUCAGUAAUACAUUCCGACAGGAACUAGCCCAGGUAACGAACCAACACGUUGUUGCCGAUCUUCGAGCCGCCGAUAUGCGCGCUGGCCAUUGGCUUGACGAUGAUCCGUCCCUGGAGAUGAUCCUGAAUUGGAUCCGUUCGCAUCCAUGA